CAUCCAGCUUUCCUAUUAUUUUUAACGUUAGAAUGGGCAAAAAGAGAGACCUAAUGGAGUUUGAGCGUGGUAUGAUCGUCGGUGCCAGGCGCGCCGGAUCCAGUAUAUCACAAACGGCAGCACUCCUGGGCUUUUCACGCACGACAGUGUCUGUGGUUUACCGAGAAUGGCGCGACAAACAAAAAACAUCCAGUCAGCGACAGUCCAGUGGGCGUAAACAGCUCGUUGAUAAGAGAGGUCGAAGGAGAUUGGAAAGAAUAGUGCAAGCUAACAGACGGGCCACAAUUAGACAAAUAACGGCGCAGUACAACAGUGGUGUGCAGAACUGCAUCUCGGAAUGCACAACUCGUCGAUCCUUGUCACGGAUGGGCUAUUGCAGCAAACGGCGGGCAAAUGAGGAGUGGAAAAACACAGCCUGUGUAGAUAAGGUAAAGGAGGCAAUGGAAUACACUUUGCAUACGAAAAUUGUCCUGAACAACUGCAGACUCAAAUGAAGGAAAAUCGGUUGCUCUACAGAAGAAUUUGUCAAUCUGAAAUUCAGUUUGAUAAACGUAUUAAUCUCAGUUUCCAACCUCCCAAAACUUGGGAAACUCAAAAAUAAAUUGGAACUCAGUGACAACAGAAUCUCUGGUGGCCUUGAUGUGCUAGCAGAGAAACUCCCCAACCUCACACAUCUAAAUCUAAGUGGGAACAAACUGAAGGACAUCAGCACAUUGGAACCUUUGAAAACGCUGGACAGCCUGAAGUGUCUGGACCUGUUCAACUGUGAGGUGACCAACCUGAACGACUACAGGGAGAGUGUGUUGCUGCCUCAACUCACCUACCUGGAUCGGUACGACGUGAAGGACCGGGAGCGCCUGACGGAUGGGGACGAUGAAGACGAUGAGGGAGGAACGAAGGAUGAGGACGGAGAGGAGGAAGACUUUGACGAGGAGGAUGGCAGGCUCAGCGGAGAUGAAGAGGAGGUGACCUUGGUAUUUGAUGAUGACGACAACGACUCAAAUAACCCUUUCCCAUUUCUCCCAGAAGUUGAGGCUGUCCAAGGAGAGACGAGAAAGCAAGAGCCUGAUGACAAAAAUUAUGAGCAAAAAAUUAGAGCUAACGUUAAUAUCCUUCCUCUCCACCCUGACACCCACCCACACCCUGCCUACUCAAAGUCUCUCCCCCAGCUUUGAGCCCCUGUGUGGGGAAAGAUUACCGGACUGGUGGUUCAAGUGGAGCUGCCUGCACCCCAUGGAACCGAGAGCCGUUCUCAAGCAGCACACUACUCCGCAUUCCACAAUUUCACUGUCAACUCCCCCUUUAUGUAUACCUUUGAGGACAUUGGGACUGGUAUCUAGUUUUGGGUCAGUACUUUUAAUAUUUUGUUGGAUUAAUUAUGAAUUUUUGUUUUGUUUAUUUCUUCCCCUUCUAUUUUUUCCCCCCAGUAAAAUUAUUGCUAUAG